AUGGAUUGCAUCUUCGAGCAAAACCACCAGCGCAUGAGAGACAUCAUCGCCAGCGUCGCCGCCGGCACCACCACAGCCUCCGCCGCCGCCGCAACACUCUUCCACUGGCUCGACGACAUCGUCAACGAGCGGUGCCCGCCCUACGAAAACUUCGGCUACAAAACGUCCACGGGCGACACGCCGCGCGUGAACGAGUUUAGUACGUGCGUAGGCGUCAAUAUCGUGGACUAUGCGUGCCUGCGGGAGGCGCGCGGCAUGACCUUCGACGAGCGGGAGACCCACGAGCGGCUGGCGGACCUGGCGCGCGAGUGGUGGAAGCUGCUGGGCACGAGGAAGUGGAUUUCGCGGGGGUACCCGAUGGCGACGAGCGAUAAUUGGAUGCUGGAUAAUCUGUGUAAUAUAUUCCCGGAUCGGGACUGUUACACAAAGUUUCCAAAGGCGGAACGGGAUGCCAGGAAGAACAAAGACAUCAUCAGCUACUACCGCAUCAUCGCCACGCUGGACGAACGUGGCGGGCUCGACUGGCUGCGGGGUGGAUCGGCAGCGGUAAUUCGCCCGAUCCAGAACGGUGACCCUAGCGACAUAAGCAUCCACUGUUUCGCACAUGUCAUGGAGAUCAUGGGCAAAACGCUCUACAAUACGCGCGAGGACUUCUGGGUGCCGGCCACGGGGUACGUCGCGGCUAACCAUUGCUUAGAGACUGUGGUCCGCGAGAAGGGGUAUUGCGAGGUGAACUGGCAGCCCGUGUUGGCGGUGGUGACGAGGAUCGCCGAGGACCAGGACCGUACGGAGGAGAUACGAGAUGUGGCGAGGAAGACGGCGGAGAGGAUGGUGAGGAUUGAGGAGGAGGUGAAGCAGGAGCGGGAGGCAAAAAGGCUGGAGGAGGAGGCGAAGAAUCCAAAGAAAGAAGAAGAAGAAAAACCUCGAAAUGAGGAAGGGGAGGUGGGGUUUAGGACCUACGUUAAAAACUGGAGCGUAGAUGCCCCGGCCUCUUAG